AUGGCGCAUCAGUGCGAAGUGUGCAAGACAGCUGAGGCCAAGUACAAAUGCCCAACAUGCCGAUCACCUUACUGUAGCUUAGUAUGUUACAAGAAGCAUAAGGAGACGCCAUGUGAGCCGGAGCCCGUGCCCGAUAAACACCAGGAGAUGCUGCAGUCGACGCCAGCGUCAGCUGCCAUUGAUGUGGACGAAGAGGAUGCAGAGAAACUUACAGAAGAGCAAUUGAGCGUGCUAAAGACGUCUGAAAGUGUGAGAAAAAUGCUUGCAAAUCCGUCCAUUACUAUGGCGCUAAAGCAGAUUGAAUGUAGUCAAGACAUGAUGAAGACAUUGGAGAAGGCAUUGUUAGACCCCACUUUUGCCACGUUUAUGUAUCAAGCGCUGGAUGAGGUCAUACCUCCUAAAUAG